UUCCUUCCUAAAGAAAGCGGACACCCCCAAAAGAGACGCUCUGUAGGCGACAUACACCAUUUAGUUUGCGCGUAAUGAACAGGUAGAGCUGUGUUGUGGAUUAGGAGUGUUUGCGCGGCGUCUGACAGUGUUUGCGUGAGAUCUCAAUGGACACAAUGAUCCCGAACCAGCAAGAGUGCUGAGCCUGACGAAAUUAACCGGGAACAGUCGAAUUUGAAACUUUUUUUCUCUUUCCUCCUGUACGAUCGGGACCAUCCCAGCCUCUCUCUCUCAGAUUUGGAAUCGGAUCUUUCCAAAAACACACGCGCAAUUGACUUUGCGCAAUUGGUGUCAUUUUACGCGUUAACCGGAGAGACUUCGGAUAAGAGCGCGGGGGGAUCUCGCUGGGAUGUUUUUACGCGACUUUGAACAAUCCUCUUCGGUUCCAUCCGUGAUGUUGGGAUUUCUGCUGGAUCUUUAGCUAUGAGCUCUGGAUAUGGGUCUGUGUCUGGGCUCAGAGGUGACAGAGGAGGGAAAGAAGGCAAAGAUCCACAGCUCGCAGAUAGACAGAGAUCUGUACGAGUACGCCAAGAGAGAGAUGAACGUGGUGAAGAUCCUCAUGCUGGGUGCUGCUGAAAGUGGGAAAAGUACGCUGGUCAAACAGAUGAAGAUUAUCCACAGUCAUGGAUUCACCAAACAAGAGCUAGCCAGUUUUAAGCCUGCAGUGUUGGAUAACCUCUUGACCUCUAUGAAGUUUGUCCUCCAUGGAAUGGGCGUCCUUCGCGUCAACCUUGCUAACAGCAAGAACAAGGUCCACGCUCACUCCGUUCUCUCGUGUGGCCGUUGCUUCGAUGAAGACCAGAUGCUGUUCCCGUUCAUAGGCCACGCCCUCUGCGGUUUGUGGGCGGAUCAGGGGGUGCGGUCAGCAGCAGCGCGAGGAUACGAGUACGAACUCAAUGACUCUGCACUAUAUUUUUUUGAGAACAUGGGCAGGAUCAUCGCCCCUGAUUACAUGCCGACAGAAACGGACGUUUUAAGAGUCCGACUGAGAACCACAGGAGUGAUUGAGACCCAGUUCAAAGUCAAGCACCUGGUCUUCAGAUUGUAUGACGUUGGAGGCCAGAGGACGGAGAGGAGGAAGUGGAUCAGCUGUUUUGAGGAUGUGAGGGCCGUGCUGUUCGUCGUGUCUCUGAGUGGAUACGACAUGACGCUAGUAGAAGAUCCAUCUAUGAAUCGACUUCAGGAGAGUCUCAAGCUGUUCUCGUCAAUCUGCAAUAACGUCUUCUUCAGAAGUACUUCUAUGAUAUUAUUCAUGAACAAGAUUGAUCUUUUCCAAGAGAAGAUUCUCCACUCCGGGCGUCAUCUGCGGCAUCACCUUCCCCAGUUCAGAGGAGCUGACUGUGACGUGGAUGCUGCCGCCCGGUUCAUCGCCUCAAUGUUUGUGUCUCUCAACACGAUGCCCAGCAAACUCAUCUACCACCACUUCACCACAGCGACCGACACCUCUAACGUACAGGUAGUUUUCCAGGUCGUCAUGGACACCAUCAUCAAGGAGAACCUGGAGGCCGUGUCUCUGCUCUGAGAACCCUUCCUCCUUUAAAAACUCAAUAAAGACUCACGGAUGAGCCCUUCACAAUGCUGAUGGUAUUUAUUGUAUAUGAUGCUCUGAUAUUAAUCAGAAUGCACACUUUUCAUGAAGCAAUAACUGAAUAAAUGCCAGUUUAUUUUUUUUCUUGCUUAUAUAAAAUAUCUACUAAAAAUGCAAUAAUCAACCCAUACGAAUCACAUAUUAUGCUUUGGAAGUGUAUAAUAUGUAUUUAAAGAGUAAAUUAUGCUGUCCUUUGAGUGGUUGAGUUGCUUGUCCAAGCAUCCCAUAAUUUUCCACCUGACAUCCCCCACUUCCUGUGUGUACGUUACCAUGGCUAAUCAUCACUUAUAAAAUAACCUUUUCCCCUUGUGUAAAUCUUUGCCCAACACAGUCCAUUCAGAGAUUGAACACCCUGUCAGGGUCCAGUGUGUUGUUUUUGAGUUUUUUUGUGGUAUGAAUCAUCUUUUGCUUUUGACUUAUUUGUGAUCCAGCACUUUUAUAGUUGUUGAGUCUUGGUGAGUCAAUCUGAAAUGGUUUUAUUUUACCAAGGUGAGCCAAACGCGCACACACACAUCUAUAUGAAGCAUAAUCAUACCUGUAGCAAAUUUUUUGUAAAUCCAUUUGAAAUAAUGUUGCUUUACCCAUUUAUUCAUUUAGUGAGAUUUAGUUGAUAUAAAAUGUAUCUUUGCUAUUUAAAUGCUGUAUGUUGCGCCACUUUUCGUGGUAAAUUCAAGUUACUCUUUUGUAAAUGCAAAAAAACCCACUGUGAAUAGAAACAUCAUUAAAACCUAACAUUAAUGUUUUUGAUAUUUUGUUUUGUGCUGAUUUCUCACACAGUGAAUGGUAUGAAACAAAUCACGCCAGCCCAA